CCCGCGCUGCUCGGCGGGUUAAACGUAAACAAUGUUUUUGUUAUUAUUUUUAUUUUUCUUGAGUGUUAAUGCCUUAUCUAAUUACCAUGAAUCUUAUACGGGAAAGAGGAUAUCGGAAGAGGAGUACAAAGAACACGUGAAACAGAACACCUCUUUCUGGUGUACAAAUGAGAUUCUUCCCUGUCAUCCGUUGGAAGGCAGGCGAGUUGAUGGCUCAUGUAACAAUCUGAAAUACUACACGCUGGGCGCUGUCCAUACGCCGCAGUACAGGAUAUUACCUCCAGAAUACUCCAGAGAUGAUAGAGGAUUUGAACCAAAGUUGACCAAACGGGGGAAUGAUAUGCCACUUCCACGUGCUGUAAGGACUAACGUUCUUCUAGAAGGCCAUUUGUCUGAUAGAAGGUUUACCCAAUUGCUAACCCAUUUCCUCGUGCACGUCCCCGGGGACUUUCUCUCCUUGCAUGACACUGUGAAUUAUGUUCAGUGGAAGCCUUAUUGCUGCACUGAGAAAGGAAAACAGGACAACAUGUGCAUUCCUAUCAAAGUCCCUGAUGAAGAUCCUGUUCAUCGCUUCUCUGGUAUACGCUGCUUUAAUCUGACCAGACCGGAAUCAUUCCAGUCUGCUCGAUGCAAACCUAACAAUACUUUACCUGAAAGAAUUGUAACAUCCACACCAGCCUUAGAUUUGUCCAAUAUCUACGGAAACAACAUGAAGCUAUUGAAUGAGAAGGGAAGACUCUUCAAAGGUGGUUUGCUGAAGUUUGAAAUGGUUAACGGUGCUGUCUGGCCACCGAGCAUCAAAGGGCCAGCUAACUUGUGUUAUGGUAACCAUCCUCCGAUGGAGACACGAUGCCAUGAUACCCCCGAAAGCGGAGCGAAUAGUGUACUUGGUUCAAAUUUGUUUUCAAUAUGGACUUGGCGAUACCACAACGUUAUCGCCAAUGCUCUGGCAGCGAUCAAUCCUUGCUGGAAUGAUGAGAGACUGUUCUAUACGAGCAGGGAGAUCAAUAUAGCUGUGACCUACCAAAUAUUUCUUUAUGAAGCUCUUGCGCUAUUAAUGGGUCAACAUAAUCUAAUCAAUGCGGGUGUACUGUCUCCUGGCUUAGGAUUUAGAGAUAUUUACGACGAUAAUCUCGCUCCUCAAGUAUCAAUGGAGUUUCCUUUUGUUUUGAGGUGGUUCCAUACUUUACAGGAGGGUAUUUUAAGGCUUUACGAUGAGAAGGGAUAUCACUUAAGAGACGACAGAAUAACUAACAUGACAUUACGAACUGGCUAUCUUGUGGAUAACCUCCCCUACGUCACUCAAGGCGCUUUUAGACAGCCUUCUGCCAAAUUGGAUUACGCAAUUGAUUCUGACAUGGCUCAAACAGUGCUUACCCACCACCAAAGAGCCUCAGAUGUAUUCACAAGCGAUCUCACCAAGAACCGUUACUUCUUCUUCCCGUCAUACGUGAAGUAUCGGGAGUUUUGCUUCCACAACAAAUACAGAAGGUUUGAAGAUCUUGUAGACGCUAUCGAUCCUGAGAGAAUAGAAUUAUUGAGAGAAAAAUACACAGAUGUAGAGGACAUUGAUCUCAUUGUCGGACUUUGGUUGGAGAGGCCGAUAUCUGGCGGCUACGUACCCCCGACAUUGUACUGUAUAUCUGUGGUGCAGCUGGUGAGAACUAUUGCUUCUGACAGGCAUUGGUACGAACGACCAAACAGACCUAAUGCUUUCAGUUUUGAACAACUGCUAGAAAUCAGGAAAUCCACAAUAGCAAGUUUCAUGUGCACGGUGGGUGAUUCAGUAACUGAAAUCCAACCCCAAGCGUUCCUGAGGGCUGGCCCGGGGAAUGAAAUACAAAGUUGUGAUCAUAUAGACAGGCUUAAUAUCAAUGCGUGGUAUGACCACACAUGCAGUCGGAAACCUCACUAGAAUAUUAUAAUAUAGUCUAAACUAUAUUUGUGAUUUUAAUAAACUAUUUAUACUUUAAUAA